AUGGGUCACUUGCUUGGAGCAGGGUGGUUUUUCAUCCUUAUAGUGAUAACAAAUAUAGAGGCUCAGAAGAAAACAUUAAGCAUCAGCUCAAGAUGUCUAGGAAAUGUCAUGCGUUUGGAUGUCGGCCCUCUUGGAGGAAACCUUCUGGAAGUGGCAGCGGUUGUGAAUAACACUGCCAUUGUUUUGACACCAAGCUUGGCAGCUCAGUGUGGCUUCAGCAUUAAGAGGGCUCAUCUGGGGAAUGUUGUGAUUUAUGCCUCCCUUCAAAACAGUUUUGCACAGAAUGUGGAUGACAACAUUUUCACAACAGCACUGCAUCUUCGGUUGUAUGGAAACCUGCUUGACGAGGAUGAAGUAUAUCAGGUGGUUGAAACCUGCCAGUACCCUGCCUGGGCUGCAAGGGAAGUUAUUUGUGCGACCAACUACAUGGAGGUGUCUGUGAAAAGGGCAGUUCCUGGUGAUUAUGUUCUGCCUGACCAUCCCAUGCAGCAGACCAGCUCAAAGUCUAUUCAUUCUCGCAGAAGUGCAGAGAAAGUCCCUAUUGAUGCUGGCUUCAGAAUCUCAACAGUUGUGUUCUUCACCCCUGAAGGGGAGAGGGUUAUGAGUGUCGCUGAUGCCCAGAAAAGUGGUUACGGGAUUGGAAAUACUCCUACGAGGCUUGUACUGAGAAGUCCAAUGACUGCAGCAGACACUUACACCCAUAAUGUUGCUGGGGUAUCCAUGAGGGUCCUUAAAAUGUCCACAAUCUUUGAAAAGACGUGGCUGGCAACUCAAAUUGACGCAGCAGCUGCUUGUCCAGCACAGGAGGGUAGCGUGUUCUUCACCUCAAACAUGAUCACCUGGUACCUGCCUAGGCAGCUGGUCCCAAUGAUUUCCUCUGACCACUACAAUCUGUUGGAAGUGCACUUUGGACUCAAUGGUCAAAGGCUCACCCCUGCAGAGAUGCAGGCCCAACAGUACUCUGUAUCUGUCAAUGAGCACUACAUAAUUGCGCAGAUUCCCUUUGGUGCUGCUGGUGGCUACUUUAGGAGUCAUGUUAACGUGCAGACCAACCAGUACUUCAUAUCUUAUGUGAUUGACCCAAUGCUUGAGUUGCUCUGGACAGAGGAUGCAAAGCUUGAGCACACAAGAUACAAGGUCCUUUUCCACAUUGCAUCAAACCUAAUUAACCAACCAACACAACUUGUUGAUAAUACAGUUCCUGCAGAGAAAAUGUUUAAGAUGGUGCUUGGCCACUUUGCUCUUGACGUAGUUCUAGUAAACAUCACCUUCUCCUCCGGUGUUUUGUCCAUAACUGACUGCAAUGCUAGAGGUAUUAACAUCCUGGAGCACAUGUCUUCAAACGGCAGCAUGAAGGUCUUCGUUAUUCAAGUGCCCUUCACAGACCCUGUUGUAUCUCAAAUGAAAAGGCAUGGUGCUGCCACUUACUCCCUCCGUAUGACCUUUGGCUUGCUUGUGUUGGGUACAUUUCUUCCGUUUUCUCACACUGGAUACCUGGAAACUAAUCUAGAAGAGAUGGCCUCUCCCUCAAUCACAGGUGGCUGUGAUCACCACAACUUCUACAUUCUUGUGAAAUACGGAACACCAGGCUUGAACUUUGAGACCACUAUAGGAAAUCGCAUGAUGACCCCUACUCUGGCUCAACAUUACAACUACAUAGAUAAUGGAACACACUUCAGCCUUGUAGUACCUUUUUCAUCACCUGACGUUGUGCCAACGGCUAUUGGCGCAUCUUCCAUAAAGAGCAGAAUCCAUAUGGCUUUGAGUAAUCCAGAAACAAAUGCACAAAUGACAGAGUUUGGUCUGACGUGUGACUUUCCCUCAACACUGACUGAAUGUUUCCCAAAUGGAACGAUGACUACUCUGGCUGUAAAACUGGAGUCUGUUCCCCAGCUGAACCCCAGUCACCUCAGGCUCAUAGACCCAACUUGUGGCCCUGCUUAUGCAAAUGACCACAUCGCUUAUUUUGUCUUCACAGUGAAUUCCUGUGGAACUACUAGAAAGUUUUUGCCCAAUGCCAUGCUGUAUGAAAAUGAGAUCUCACUGCCAGAAGGACCUGCAAUAAAUAUUGACUCGAAUGAACCAGAAUAUCAAUUGAAGGUAUCUUGUUUCUAUGACAUCAACACAAGCCAUGCUGUGGGGUUCCACACUAGACCUCGCAGAAGUGAACCAUAUGCUGAGAACUCAAAGGGCCAACUGCAUGUUGUGAUGAGACUCGCCUUGGAUGACUCCUACAAAAAGUUCACACAGGCUGAGGACUAUCCUGUUGCAAAAUAUCUGCAACAGCCACUGUAUUUCGAGGUGGAGUUGACUUCUACAAACCCUCAAGUGUCACUGGAGCUGGAGAACUGCUGGGCAACACAAGAUGAGAAUAGGAUGUCACAGCCCAAAUGGAAUCUAAUCAUCAAUGGGUGUCCAAACCCAGUUGACCCAUACCAGGUUGUGUUCCACCCAGUGUGGUCCAAUUCCAGAGUUCUGUAUCCCCCUCACUUCAAACGGUUUGAAGUCCAUACUUUUGCAUUUGCUGAAGGCCAAGAUGGCAUGAGUAACCAGCUCUUCGUCCACUGCGACGUUGUGAUCUGUGAUGCCAAAAAUCCACUUGGUGGGGUCUGUAAUGGGCAGUGUCCCAACCCAGGAACUGAAAUCAAAGAACAAAGAUGGGAUGUUUCAGAUGUGAAUAACUUUGAACAUGUGUCUGUGGGACCCAUAGACAUGAAUCAAUAA